CACUGAAGUCAAAAACAUUUUAGAUUCACAUUAAGUCUUUUUAAAAAAAAUCAUAGCGAUUGUAAUCAUCACUGUAUGUGUGGCGAUGUUCGCGCAAAGUUUCGCUGAGAUUGGCCCAAACGGGAGACGUUGUACUUACAGACAUCCUGAGAUCGAUAUAAUAAAAGUUGUUUCAGAGUUCAAAUCCUCGUCUCUCCGCCCUCUCCGACGAAAAUGAAAAUGAAAGUGAAAGUAAGAGUAACGCAAGCAGCAAGCUAUCGAGGUCAGCGGAGAAACUGCAGAGAAAGAAAGGACUACCCGGACUGCUGGAUUUCACGUUUUCUCGUCCCUCCCUUUAAGCUGCACAUCUCUGACUGUGUGAGGGUGAUUUCUCGGUGGAGCUACAGAAACACGAUGGAUCGACGGGUGACAGGUCUGUGUCUCCUGACGCUGUUUAUAUCUUCCUGCACUGCUGCUCCCACUUCAACCAACUUGGUGGUUACCACCACGUCUCCUGUCACUGGGACUCGUGGCCAUCAGGUCACAUUGCCGUGCUGGCUCAGUCCACAGCAAAAUGCAGAGGAGCUGGAGGUACGCUGGUACCGUACUAAUCGCUUUGACAGCCCGGUAAUGCACUACCAGUCAAAAAAGUUCAAAUAUCAAGAACCUGCCUACGUUGGCCGAGUCUCAUUUGGACUCAAGGAUGCAGCGUCAGGCGGGCUGAAAUCAGGCGAUGUGAGCCUGAAGCUGCUGAACGUCACAACUGAGGAUACAGGAGAUUUUUUUUGUUAUGUCAGCAGCAACCAGGGAUAUGAUAGUGCACCUGUUAAUCUACUCGUGACAGCUUCGGGAAGUCCUCCUUUUCUAUCAGUAGUGUGGGGAGAAGAUGACAAGGUGAACGUGAGCUGUGAAUCUGAAGGCUGGUAUCCACAGCCUGUGCUGCGCUGGUCAGACAAGAAGCAGGAUGUGAAACCUCAAAGUCUGGUGUACAGAAAUCUGUCUUCUGGACUUUUUUUAGUCCACAGUUGGCUUCUUCUUUCCUCCACCUCUGAGCCUUCCUGCUCAGUGGGUCUCUCUGAUAAAGAGGUAAAGGAGGCCAAAGUGAGCCUGGGAACUCUUCAUAAGACUCUUGAACCUGAGUCCUCGCCAGGUGGGUGGGUGGCCUUUGCACUGCUUCUUGUAGCUGCAUUAGUGUUGGCUGCAUUGGGAGUGAUGUACCACAGAAAGAAAGUGAGGAACGCCCAAUCAGGAAGAGACCAAAUGGAUGGGAACGGCUUAAGUGAGACUGAAAAACUUUUAGCAGAAGAAGAUGGACGUCUUUCAGAAGCUAGAAAUCAUUAUGUAAAUGUUAAACUUGAGGACAGAAACAACCCAUACCUCAAGGUUGCAGGCAACAAAGUGAGAGACACCCACCCAGAUGAUCUUCCUGGAAAGUCUUUUCCUGAUGGAGGCAUGGUUACCUGUGUCACAGCUAUCAAAGGAACAUCUGGCUUCUCUUCUGGAAAACACUACUGGGAGGUUUCUGUGAGGAGAAUUAACACAGACAUCAAACAGUCCUGGUGGGUAGGAGUUACAAGUGCAGCUGAAAUCCCCAGUAAUUCAUCCACAUCUUUUCCAAACACAUCGAAUGGUUUCUGGUUUCUGUCUUCGUCUCCCAAAAGAGCAAAUAGUUUUCAGUUUAGCACACAACCUGAGAUUUCAAUACCUUUCCAUUCAAGACCAGAGACGGUCGGUGUGUAUUUGGAUUGUGACAGUGGUGAGCUUUCAUUUUAUAAUGUAGAAAAGAAAACACUAAUUGGAUCUUUCACGGCUAGAUUCAAAGGUGACAUCUUUCCAUUAUUUAACCCUGGAAAAGGUGACACAUCAGUUAUGGAGGUGGUACAGAGGGAAGUACAGAGUCAAACAGGUGAUGAAGGAAACUGUGCAGAAUCAGUUGAGAACAAGACUGAAACUUAAUAUUGUAAGUAAGGAAAACUGUACAAGCUGAAACAUUUUCUUUGUUUUUAUGGGAAAAGUAACGAAUGACCUCACAUUACUUUUAUACUGACUUACUGAGACAUUAAAUCCAUCAAUUCUGUCUCAUGUUCAGGUUAUUUAUACCGUUUAAAAAUUUGGAGGUCAUAUUAACUCAAACUCCAUGGCUGCAGCAUCAUUUUAUGUAAAUACAAUUGAAACUAUGAAUUUCUUGCUUAUGGUUAAAAAAGUUAAAUAAUAUCUAUUAAAAUUUAGGCAGGCAAACAAGAAAGAAAACCUUUAUGCCUUUAACACAUUCGAUUCCAAGUGGAAGCAAAAUACGAUAAACAAAAUGAGUAGUGCUGUGGAGGUUUUUUUGUAAACUAAAACAAUGGCUGCUCUAAAAUUCUAUACACAGGUAAUGGACUAUUUCUGUUAGCAGUGUGUUACUGUGCUUCUGCCAGUGGUAAAGAGGGCAAACUUUCUUAUCAUCAUCCUGGGAAUAAAAGCUCCUUACCUUUGUGAUAUUCCCUAAAUGAUAAAAUCCUGGAAUGUGAGGUCACUGCCUUGCAUCUCCAACUUGUGUGAAACAACAGUUAAUGUGCGUAAUGAUGACGAUAGUGCCAUAAAUUAUGAUUCUUGAUAAGCUAACACAAAUACCACAGGGUUAGCUUAUCAAUAACUGAUCAUUGAUAGUUUAUCACUGUUACAAACCAAAAAUAUGACAAAAUAGUAAAAUACUACCAAAAAUAUUAAUACAAACAGAGAACACUACACAUCCAGCCAUCAGUAUCUGACAGUGUUUCAGUGAUGCAAUGAUUACUGUGGUUGUUGACAAAGCUGACCCUGUGGUAACACAGAGCACAAUAAUUGAUCCUGGAGAAUACCACAGAUCUGUACAUAGUAGUUAGUAUCACUCAGUACCUUCUUCUUAUACCCAAGUGUGUAGGAUACUGUGAUUGCAGCAGUGUCUGUGGCUUGGUUAGUUUUACAGUUGUUCUCAAACCCCUCUCGUCUUAAUGUGGAACCAAUGUUGGAUGUUGCGUGUUUUACUUUGUAUACGGAGUGUAUUUGUAUGCCAAUAACACCAUCUCGUUUUAUUUAUACUGUGAUUAGGACAUGUGUUGCUUGUGCAGUAGCUAUAAGAUUUGUUAGCAUCACAUGACCAUUUUUAAGUUUCUUUUUUGGUGUGGGGGUGAGGGUGUACUGAUGUGUUAGAUCACUUUCCAUUUUAAAUUUUGUGAUGGGUCACUACUGUAGUGGUCUUUGUAUUGUUGUCAAGUUUUGAUGGUAUGCAUAUGUAAAUAGAAUAGCCUUUCAAAUACUCUGAAUUAAGCAUUACAGUAAUUAGCAUGCAUUUUGAAUACUAAUCAGAAAGCAGUGUACCUGACAACAUGUUGUUUGUGUACUGCAAAGCUCUGAUAUUUUUCGUUGUGUUUGUAAAACAAUGUAAAAGAUUGAUGUGCAUUUUGUUUGAUAAUGUUGACAUUUUGCAGAACUGCCUCUUUUUUUUUUUUUAAAUAAACAAAAUCGAUACAGGAUGAGAAAAUUUGUCAUUUCAUUUUUCU